UGGUGGUUUCUUAAAGCAUGCACCCCAAAGUUUCAGACACUUGCCAUUUGCAUUAUAGAAGCAAGCAAUCCUCCUUCUUCAACCCACCCAUCGUGCAUGUGCUUCCCCACUCUUUAUCACUUCUUGAUGAUCACAAUGGCUGAAUCCCAUGAUUCCCUCCACCUCCAAUGUAAACUAAGCUACAUCAGACUGACCAAUCUCGGCAACGUUGGUCUCACGAAGAAUCUCUUUAUGAGAUGCUAUAUCUCUGCUGGGAGUGGAAGGAGGAUUCAGAUCGACACUCGUGAAAUCCCAUCGAGGGAUGAUCUAACAUGGGACUGCAUCGCAUCGGUGGAGUGUCAGGGGCCCUCGAGCCGGAUGCAAGAGCUACGAGAGCAACACAGCAUCGUGUUCGAGCUACGCCGGAGGAAAGAGAUGCCGGUUCUUGGGAGACUAGCAAGGUCUGAGCUUUUCGGAAGAGCUGAGAUUGCAUGGAGAGAUGUAUGGGGGUCAACUGACAUGUCCGUAGAGAGACAGGUUAGUCUUGGUCCGACGAAAUGUUUGCCCGUUGCCGUUGAGCCGCCUGUGUUGGUGGUCAGGGUGGAGGUUGGAGUGUCAAAAGCGGCGGAGAAUGGGAGAGUUGGCCGGAGGGUAGAGUGGAAGGAGGGAUGUAGCUGUGGAGACUGUGAGUGGAGGAGCGUGGGCGAGGACGAGGUGGGUGUGUUUGCAGUGGCAGAUGAUGCAUGCGAGUAGUUCUCCAUGCUAAACUUAUAUUACUGUGCAUUUGUUUCAAUCUAAUUGUAUAAUUUUUGUUUCUCCA